AUGACAGACCAAUUCGCUUUCUCAUAUCCCUCUCCAUUGAAGGACUACGAAAACCUCGAGCCACUGCCUGAGGACAGAAGCGAAGAUGGGAAGUCGUUCAAGAACCCUCAGCAUGGUGUUCUAAGUAAAGCUUAUGAAGAAUUCCCGGAUCCUCUUGACAAGAGUCGACGGGGUGGUUUCGAUAUUCAUAUCUAUCAUUUCCAGAGCAAUCCGGAACAAGCUGCGUAUGCCAAAGCUCUCUGGGAACGAAUUCGACGAGAAUUCCCCGAACUACGAAUCUACACCUUCUUCGACCGACCUAUCGGACCACACCCAGUAGCCAUGUUCGAAGUGAACCUGUUCACCCCAGCGCAAUUCGGCGCCUUUGUUCCCUGGCUGGUUAUCAAUCGGGGUCCGCUGAGUGCUCUCAUCCAUCCUAAUACAGUGCACAGCGAGGAAGAACGUAAUCACACUCAACGUGCUACUUGGCUCGGGGAUCGGCUUCCGUUGGAUUUGAGGCCUUUUAAACUUAUGCAGGAGAAGGAGAAGAAGGAGGCGGAGGAGGCCGAGCGGGUUAAGAAGGGGAGCUUAUAG